AAAAAGAACAGAAACAAAAACAAAAACAAAACUGAAUGAGAAGAACAACAAAGAAAGAAAGAAAUGAGAGGGUUGUUAUCUAUGUACCAGAGAAGCUCAUUGUCACUAUGGAGAAGAACAACAACAUUAACAACAACAAAUGAACCGUACCGUAUAUUGUUGUCCGGUUCUUUCAGCACAGACCCAGAUGGGAACCAAAGCUCGAAAGUCAAUAUCUUCGAUCGCCAACUCAAACGCAAACAGCGUGAUCGAGCUGCUUGGUUGAUGCGUCCAAAUGAUUCUUUUGUUGAUGCUGUUGCUGAGAAUCUGUUGGAUCGCUUGGAGGAUUGUAAAAAAUCAUUUCCAACAGCAUUAUGUUUGGGUGGUUCAUUGGAAGCUGUCAGGCGUCUGUUAGGUGGUCGUGGUGGCAUUGAAAAGCUCAUUAUGAUGGAUACAUCAUAUGACAUGAUAAAACUAUGUAAGGAUACUGAAAAAGAUGUGCACAAUGAAAACAUUGAAACGUCCUACAUAGUUGGCGAUGAGGAGUUUUUGCCUCUUAAAGAAAGUUCUGUAGAUGUGGUAUUAAGCUGCUUGGGGCUACACUGGACAAAUGAUCUUCCAGGUUCCAUGAUACAGUGUAGAUUAGCAUUGAAGCCGGAUGGCAUAUUUUUAGGAGCUAUUCUUGGUGGAGAAACCUUAAAGGAGCUGAGAAUAGCAUGCACUGUCGCACAAAUGGAGCGUGAAGGAGGCAUCAGUCCACGAAUAUCACCUCUGGCACAAGUGCGGGAUGCAGGCAAUCUUUUGUCUAGGGCUGGCUUUGCCCUGCCAGGUGUUGAUGUUGAUGAAUACAUUGUUAAAUAUCAAAGUGCUCUGGAGCUGAUAGAACAUUUGCGUUCAAUGGGUGAAACUAAUGCUCUCCUGCAAAGGAAUAAUAUGCUAAACAGAGAAACAGCACUGGCAACUGCAGCUAUUUAUGACUCAAUGUUUGCUGCAGAAGAUGGCACCAUCCCUGCAACCUUCCAGGUAAUUUUCAUGACAGGGUGGAGGGAACAUUCUUCUCAGCAGAAGGCCAAAAGGAGGGGGUCUGCCACUGUAUCUUUCAAGGAUAUCCAGAAAAAAUUUGGAAAUGGGAACUGAACACUCUUUCUCUCUCUCUCUCUCUCCUCAGUAUGCCUUGGAUGAACAAAGAGUUGAAAAAAUAAAAACUGUAAUAGCUUUUCUUUUUCAUUUUUCAGUGCUUUUUUUCUUUUCUUUUUUAAAUUCUCCACUUGUUAAACUAAUAAAACAUUGUUAAUAAAAUUCUUAUGAGUUGGUUCCU